AUGUUAGAAAGAAAAGAAAUAGUAGAGAAUUCUGCUGUUUGUAGACCAAUAAAUUUUGCCGCUGUCUUUCUUGGCCUCUUGGCCUGUUCUCAGGCUGGUUAUUUGAGUGGGUACGGAGCAGGUGUCAUCGCUCCUGCCGCUGUUGCUGCCCCAGCUUAUGCAGCAGGCUAUGCUGGUCCUGACCCUACUGGUGCUGCUGCCGCUGCUCAAGGAGUAGUUGCCGCUGCCCAAGGAGCUGCUGCCGCUCGUGAAGGUGCCAUCCUGCGCGGAGUUCCUGUUGGACGUGCUGCUUCCUCCAUUUCCAACGUGAACCACGGCGGUGCCUUUGGUUUAGGCCAUGGACUUGGGGUCGGUCUUGGAUACGGCGGUGCCUUAGGCUACGGUUACGGACUCGGUGGCGCCUUAGGUUUAGGCCAUGGACUUGGGCUCGGCUAUGGACUCGGAGGUGCCUUAGGCCAUGGUUACGGACUCGGCGGCGCCUUAGGCCAUGGUUACGGACUCGGCGGCGCCUAUGGACUGAACGGAUACUAUGGUGCUGGUCUGGGUAAAGCCUUACUUCACUAAAUGAAAAUCGCCUUUGACUUUUGACCCUGCCUGAAAUUGAACAAAACAACUCUGCCCAUCUCUGAGCUAUAAAUCGCUUGCACGUUUCCACACUAGACGACUUUCUGGGGGUGUAAUUAAUUGAAGAUGAAUGUAAAUGUAUCAGUUUUACAAUAAA